AUGCAGAUCAAGGGUUCCGAGAGCCAGCUGAAGCCUGUGAAGGAUAAAGUGCGCGCGGCAGUGAAGAAGCAAAGACUAAGGUUGGAGGAGUUUUUCCAGCCUUUCGACGUUACUCGCACGAAAAAGGUUAACGAAACAACGUUCGUCAGGGCCAUGAACGCCAGCGGCAUCGGGCUCACACAGGAGGAGCUGGGACUGCUGAUAAACCGUUACAGGCUGCCGGCGGGAAACGGGUUGAUCGACUACCAGAAGUUCUGCGACCAGAGCAACAAGGUUUUUACUUCAAAGCACCUGGAACGCACCCCCGGAAAAACGCUCAUACGCAGCCUGCAGAGUACCCAGCCUGCCAUUCUGGGCGCUGGUAACCCUACCCUGACUCCCACAGAAAAGCUGCGCACGGCGGACGUGCUGGAGGAAAUGCGGCGCAAAGUUCGCGACGGAAGUCUCAUCGUAAAAAAUCUGUUUAACCAGUUCGACCUGCACACCAGGGGGUGCGUCAGCGGGGAACAGUUCCUGCGCGCGAUCAGCUGCCAUGGUCUUCUUUCUGCGGACAAGGAAUACAACAACUCAAACGGCGAUGAAACCGCGGGAGAGCGGCUCGAAAGGUUGCUCGUGGAGGAAGCAGUUGCACGCCGAAUCGAGGUGAUGGACUACCUCAGCUCAGCUGUGGGAGGAGAAAUGACCGGCACCAAGCACCCCGGGGUGGGAUCGGGCGGGCUAUGCUCGAGAGAACGAUUCCAGCAGCUGCUAAGGGGGCUCUGGCGGGCCCACUUCACAGACGAGGAGGCGGAAGCCCUAGCCGACCGCUACCGCCCGCCGGUGGAUUAUGCCUCGGCAAGGGGGCGGGAACAAGGCCGGGAGGAGGAGGCGUCGUUGUGCCCCCGAGCUAAGGAAGCGAAGGAUGUGGAGAACGUCAUGUUGGACAUCAGAGGCAGGAUCUCCCGGGAGCGGAUCACUCUGAAGCCGGCCUUCAAGGGGCUGCUCCCAACGGACGCCCGCCUUUGCGAGCUCCUUACUCGUCGAUAUGCGGUUUCCGACUUCCGCCGGCAAACAACUAUCCAUCAGGGGUUCGUGGCGUACAAGGAGUUCCUCCAAGACGUGGAUGCUCCUACGAAGACGGAGACGCAAGCCUACAUCGAUAACUUCGUGUUCGGCAGGGACCAGAACCAGCCGUUCGACGCUCCCCAGAAGCACCAAGGCACUGAUGGGGGGGGGGGCGAGGAAGAGGGAGGCAAAGGGCUGACGAAAAGCUCGAGCAGCAUCUUGCGGUCAGCGGCGUCGCUGACGUCGGAGGCGUUGAUGGGGAGGGGAGGGGUUGGGUUUAAUCCCGCCCGCGAUUGCGAUGCCAUAAUUCGUGACGUGAGGCGGACCACCGCGAGGGAGAGGGUGCGCAUGAUGGAUCUUUUCAAAGACUUCGAUCGUCUGCAACACGGAACAUGUACCCAGGCCCAGUUGGCGAGGGUCAUGAAGACACUCGACCAUCCUCUAUCCGACAGAGAGUUGGCCGCCGUUUGCGAGAGGUACAAGAGCAACGCCCCGCGCGAGUGCUCUCCUGGGGACGGCACUCCGCUGAUCUUCUACAAGAACCUGGUGUCCGACAUUGAGGCCGUCUUCACAGUCGAGGAGUUGGAGAAAAAGUCGGCAGUCACUAACGUUGAGCAGGCGGUGCGAGAGGCGAGGGGCGUGGAUCGGCGAUUGAGAGGCGAAUCGUCCAGGCUGGAGGAGCUGACCGAGGAAGAGCAGCGGAUGCUGGCCAAGUUUCUGCGGGAGCUGGCGAUGAAGGUGGCACUCCUGGCUGCCAUCGGUGCGUCUCUUUGUGCCCUCUGCUUGUUCUUUGCCUUCGCUUGGCUUGCGGGCGCGUCAAGGCCGCGGGUGAACAAGGACAGCCUAUGCCUCCCUUCCCUCUUCACGGACUACGACCGCUUCAACGUCGGAGACAUCACCGAGGCCGGAAUGGAGAGGGCCCUGGGGGGAGCCUGCCUCCUGCCGCCCGAGCCCAUCUUCCGCACGAUCGUCAAAAAGUUCAGGGAGCACUCCCGCCGUAGCUCCGGGGGCGAGGUCAACUACAAGGCCUUCCUUGCGGCGGUGGAGCUCGCCCAGGACCCGCUCGCAACGCCGCGCGACCUGCCCAAUGCGACCAAGUUCAGGGCCAUGCGGGCGGAGGGGGGAACUGAAAGCUUCGUACCAGCACCGGGUUCAGGCUCAACCUCCCAAGGAGGGGAGGUGACGUGUACGGCCAUGCGGCACUGUCUUGUCCUUGCCGACGUCCGCCUGACAUCACCGGAGCUGGCCGCGGUGGACAGCGCGUUCCGGAGCACAACGAGGCCAGAGAUGAUCGGCUGGAGGGACAUCUGUAAGGCAGCUGUAGACGCCUACAACAACAUAGGUGCGGCCACGGAGAAAAAUAUGUCAUUGCGAGUUGGGAGAAGUGUAUUGUUACACUACCAGCUCUCCGAGAUCCUCGAGUCGGUCACAGGUCACAAAAGGUUCAUGGGUGGAGGCGCUUCUACCGUGGCAUCUGGGGGAGAUGAUAGCAGCGGCACCGCGACCUCUUCCCCUUCCGGGUGGAAGGAAGAAGAGCUUCUGCUCAAGAUCGACGGGGAGAUCAAGGCCAGGAGUCCCAAUCUCGAGGCACGUGAUAUCUAAAAACAACCAUCUCCGCCCUCUGGAUGGCACGGAACGCACAAAGUCUACACUGAUACCUGGUAUUCUUUCGGUUGGAUGCCUCGCUCUAAUAGCGUUCUUUCGGUACGCUUAACGAUACUCUUAGGGAGUGUGGAUAAUAUAGUCUUGAGCUCUAUGUGGCAACGGGUCCAAGGCGACCGGGCUAGAGCACGAACCACAACGUUCCUCCAAUUGAAGUGAUCACAGACGAGUGCACCAGAAGGGGGAGAGCGCGGCGAUCAUUUCGUUCCCACGUCUAUUCCCAUCGAAAAUGGCUGAGGUGACUGAUGGGGGGAUUUGGUCCUGGCGGGUCUCACGGUGGAGAGAACGACUCACCGAACCCCACGUAAAGAUUGUUUGAUCCUGAACCAAGUUCAGAACGAUGGAUAGUAAAAGGUAGGAAAUUAUUGUAGGGAGACUGAAGGCGUGGAAAAGAAUCACGAACGAGAGUAAGAAACAUAAUUCUAGAGUUAGGUUUGGGCGUGGGGCAUGAUUUUUCCGCUCCGACAUGAUUAUUCCCCAUAUACCCUGCAUCACAGGCGCUCUUCAAGGAAUUCGAUCGUUCCAAUCGUGGGACCGUUACCGAGGCGCAGUUUUUCUCUCUUCUCGACCAGGCAAGUAUUUUCCGUCUCCUCGCACGUACGACGUGCUUCAUGGCUACGAUUACUCUCUCCCUCUCUGGCAGAAAUCAAUGGAAAGACACUCGCCGUCUAUGCAGAUCGUGAAGUUGUCUGUUUGCGCAAACGAACUAUGGAAUAUCGUCCGAUGUCAACAAGAGCCCACAAAAGUAGAAAAAUAUCCCUCACCAGCAGUGGAUUAUCCCGAUGCCGAGUGAAAUUUUGACGGGAGAGGAUGAGAGGGUGACGCCUGCAGUAGAACAACACGCCCUUUCUUGACAAUAUUGCUUCCGUCCAUCGUUCUGCCGUCCUUUCACAUCAGGGGCUCCCGAGGAUACACUUUACGGAAGAUAACACCAGCACUCUGGCACGGCUGUUUGUAGACCGCACAGGAUGUGACUUUGGGGGGAAGGUUCGGUACAAGCAGUUCAUGGAGGCUGUGGGCGCUUCGGCGUGAUGGCGAUUUGCAUGAUUCGCAUGAUGCGAAGUAUACAGAUGUAUACUACUUCAGACUCAGAGCGUAGUCGGGGAAAGUCGUUGUUAUCACAGUGGUCGUCAUCACAACCACUUGUACUAGACCGCAGUCCGAGGGUCCAUUCCCGAUAGCGAUGGCCGGGGGAAUCGACUACUUCGUACAACAAUCAACAUGCGUCGAUACGUUCCAGGAGAGGAUUUGCAUGCCCACGGAGAGACCCAAAAUAUCAUCUAUAUGCCGUCCUCGCGCUAUUGGCGAAAACACCUCGGAGGGUGGUAGUCAAUUGACGUCAACCCCACUCCUCACUCCGCGACUCCAGCAUCGUGUGAUUUCAGCGGCAGUUUGUGUGCUGCCUACACAACUGCAUCUUGUGUUGAAUUUGUUUUGCUUCGGUUUGCCUCUCCGCCGUGACGUUCAACCGACCAACAAGGGUUACUUGCCGAGUCGAAGCAUGGACUCCCGAUGAGUAUACCUCAAUCUUCGUUCGAACAAUAAUAUUUCCCGUCCUUGUAUCGAACUCUCCGUAGGCCUACAUGUAAACGACCCAACGAUUUGAGCUCAUCGCAUUGAAAUCAGCGCUGCGCCUGCGCUUCCACGUUGUUAUAGAUCCGUUCAUGGCAGCAAAUAUAUCUGCUUCGACAGCUCGCUGAAACAAGAAUUAUCACUCGUCGCUCUUCUGUGCCGGAGUCUGGCUUAGUUGACGGUGGGGGUAGUGCAAGAAACCUUGUCAUAUGUAUUCCUCGAGCCCCGGCCUCCUCGGAACAAAACAAGACAAAACCUCAAUCGUCUGUCAUC